AAAGCUAUCCCAGGGAUUUUGGCAGUCCAAAUAUGCCAAGACAUGGCACUACACUAGGUCCUACCUCUACCUAGGUAUGAUAGCAGCUCGGUGGGGCAGACUCGAAAGUUGCUAUCGAGAAAUCGCAAACCCAUAGGUACCCCGCGAUGACGGAUCUUCGAACAUCUUUUUCACAAAGACGAUUACCAUUUCGACUAUUCCACGACGUACCGAAGGUUUAUAGACGUCACUCAUCCAAUCACCGCGAGUCCCAUGAUUAGUCUAUCAACAUGCCGCUCAUCCUCAUAACCGGCCUACCCACCUCAGGCAAAUCUACGCGCGCCGCGCAACUCUACGACUACCUCACCGAGCGCAUCGCUGCUGAGUCCUCCUCUUCCUCGACACCCAAAUUCCGCCUGCACCUGAUCUCCGACCAAAGCCUGUCCAUCUCGCGGUCCGUCUACGACCUCGACCCAGCGCACACACCAGCGCACGUCCGCUCCGCCAAUGCCUCCGAAAAGGAUGCGCGCGCCGCGCUCUACGGCGCCGUCAAGCGCGUGUUGUCUCCCAGGGACAUUGUCAUUCUCGACACGUUGAACUACAUCAAGGGAUGGCGGUACCAGCUCUACUGCGAAGCCAAGAACUUACAGACGCCGUUUGGUCUUGUACAGAUUGGGUGUCCGGUGGCGAGGGCGAGGGGGGUUAAUGAGGCCAGGAUACGGAGGUCGGAGCAGCAGGAGCAACAGGAGGAGGAGCAGAAGGCAGGCAACGGGACGACCAAGGACGAGCCUACAACAACCUCAACCUCAACCACAACAACAACAACAACAACAACAGCAGCAGCAGCAGCAGCAGGAGCAGCACCAAAAUCCGGCGACCUCUACCCCGAAACUUACCAACAAUCCCACCAAAAUUGGCAACAAAAGCAAUUUGAAGAGGAAUCCACCGGCCCGGACUUUGAAGACGUAACCCUCAGCCCCACCGAUUCUCAAGAGCCCUACACGCCCCGCUCCAACUGGGAAAACCUCGUCUUCCGCUACGAGGAGCCCAACCCCAUGUCCCGCUGGGACUCCCCGCUUUUCAUCAUUACCUGGGAUGACACGCCCACCGAUACCAAAGCAACAUUUGAUCAGAUCUGGGAUGAAGUCAUCGUCAACAAGCCACAAAAGCUGAUCCGAGCCAACAAGUCGACGGUGCAGCGCGAUAAGGAUCCCGGCGGCGAUUAUCUGUAUGUCCUCGAAAAAGAGACGCAGGAUAUCGUCAAGAGGAUUUUGGAGCAGCAAGCUGAGGUGGGAGAAGGUGGGACAGUGAGGUUGUCGAGGAGUGGAACUAAGGAAGAGGGGGAGGAGAUGUUGGAGGUGGAGUUGCCGGGAAAGAAGGUGGGAUUGCCGCAGUUGCAGAGGUAUAGGAGGGCGUUUGUGGCGCUGAAUAGAGGUGGCAUUGGGCUGGAGGCGGUGGGGACGUUGGCGGCGGGGAGGUUAAGGGAGAGCUUCGUUGGGUAUUUGAAUGAUGCCUUUGAAAAGGAGAUGUGAGAAGGGCUGGGUGUAGGUACCAUAUGGUUAGAGACGGAGGAUGCUACGGGUUCAUAUCCAUUAAGGUGCACUCACCUUGUUCUCACAACACAUAGCACUAUUCAGCGCUCCAUGGAUACCCAAGAUCAAAUCAAACAAAAAACCAUUGGCAUUGACAU